GGGGAACAGCAGACUCCGCGCCGCUCAACUUGGCGGCGAGCGGCUCGGCGUGCGUGCCAUGGCGCCGUUCAGCCGGGGCGACGGCGGCACGCGGAGCCACUCGCACCGCCUCUGCCGGCUGAAGCUGCUCACCUCGGGCGAUGUCAUCGAGAUGCCCCUCGAGGUCACCACCAAGGUGGGCCAUGUGCGGCAGAUGCUGGCAGAAAAGCUGGGCAAUGCUGCCGCAGAGGAGCUAAUCUUCAUUACCAAGUCCGCAUCCAGCUACAAAGUUCUACUGGAUUUGGAGGAGAUCCCCUCAAACAUCACUGUGAAGGGAGUGCCCAGCUGGACUCGGCAGAAGGCGGCGUACCGCUUUCCGCACUGCAUCGUGGGGGCCGGCCACUGCGGGCUGCGUCAGGGCCUGUCCUUCCUGAAGGAGGGCAUCCACGACUUUCUGGUCAUAGACCGCCUACAGCAGUUGGGUGGCACAGCCUGGGUGCGGAACGCCAACCCCACCUCCAAGCUGCAGACGGAGCUGGGGGUCUACCACCUGCAGUACGGCAUUGACUUGCCCCUGCCGCAGGGAAUGAAGACCUGGCCCUCGCGCGCCGAGCUGCUGCAGCACUUCCAGGAGGUCUGCGAGGACCAUGGCCUGAUUCCGCACUUGCGCUUGGGCACUGAAGUCAUCGAGGUGCAGCCACAAGAGCUGGACAUCCGAGCCCGGGAGUUUUCGGGCGGACGCUGGGCAUAUGACCUGACCUUGUGCAAGCAGGAGCAGUCCACACAGAUGAGGUGCGCGAGCAUCCAGUGCUACCCGGGGGGCCUCACAGAGAACCUCCGCUUGGAGUUGCCCGGGGAGGAAGAGUUCGAAGGCUGCAUCGGCUACGGGAUGUUCGACGAGUUCGACUACGGCCUGGUUCGAGAGAAGCAGGUGGUCAUCUUUGGCAUGGGCGCCUUUGCGGUGGAGAACGUGCGGACCUGUCUUGAACACGGGGCCGCCACGGCGACCAUCAUCUGCCGGCGGAAGAACCUCGCUAUCCCCAGGGUCGUGGAUUGGUUCAUCAACCAGAGCGACUCGCCACCUACCGCUGCGAUGGUACUGAAUGCCAUGCAGCCUAUGUAUGCCCUGGGAGGACUGGACGAUCCAUGGAGCUUCUACGCGGUGAUCGGUCCAGCAGAUAGGUCCACGGCCGUCAUUAGGCAGAAGUCGCGCUUCGGCAUCGGCGACUUCUACUUCCUGGCCUCCUGCUACGGCAAGUGCCGGACGCUGGUGGGCAGCAUCAAGCGCCUGGCGGCCAGGCAGGUGGUGCUGGACAGCGCGGAGCGGGUGCCGGCGGACCACCUGCUGAAGGUCCUUGGCUUCACUGCGGACCCCAAGAUCGAGAAGCUGUUUGGCCUCAAGGAGCUGGUGGGCUACUUCGGCAACGGGGACUGGCGCCAGUGGAUCUACUGCGAGUUCCCGGGCAUCGACGCGGGGCGCUUCGGGGGGACCUCCCUGUCCCCGGCCAUCCAAAGCGCGACCGACAGCGUGAGCUGGAUCCUGCAGUACCCGGAGGACAUUGAGCCGGUCUUGGAGAGCAACUUGUUGCCGCGCCAAAAGGCGAAGUCCAAGCUGCUGGCAGGCCGGCCCUGCUACGUCUUCGAGCCUCGGGCUGGAGGGCAGAUUCUGGGGGUGAUCAUCGGCUUCAUCCCGGGCCUCGCGGAGAAGGCCGCGGCCUGGGGCGCCCUCAAGAGGCAAAGGAUGCACCAGCUUCAUCCUUUGGAAGGCUAUUUGGAGGAGUGCGCUCAGGAAUGGUACACGUACUGCCAGAUGUUCAAGGACUGCGGAGACGACCGGCCCUUCCCCCGCUACCCCUACACCAGCGCUGCCUUGCGGGAGCUGGUUGACCGGAACGAGGAGAUGGCCAAGCCCUUGCCCACGAAGGCGCUGGCUGCAGAUCCGGGCGAUGCACUGGAGCUCACGAGCGACGGGUGAGCCCUGUGAGGACCACGGCCUUUUUUUCCGGGUCUCCGGCGGUUUGAGGUUCAAUUGGUUGAGCGGCUGAGAGGCUUCUACCUGGAGUCUCCAUGACCCUUAAAAAAUGGGUCCAUUUCCC